CAGUCGCCGGGGUUGGACCAGACCGAGAGGCUCCAGGCGCUGGGUGGAAGCUUUCAGUCGACUCCUGCUUUCUAGCUAUGGCGCCUCCAUCAAUCUUUGCCGAGGUUCCUCAGGCCCAGCCGGUUCUUGUCUUUAAGCUAACUGCUGACUUCCGGGAGGAUCCAGACCCCCGCAAGGUCAAUCUGGGUGUGGGAGCUUAUCGCACCGACGAUAGCCAGCCCUGGGUUUUGCCAGUCGUGAGGAAGGUGGAGCAGAGGAUUGCUAACGACAGCAGCAUAAACCAUGAGUAUCUGCCCAUCCUGGGCCUGGCAGAGUUCCGAACCUGUGCUUCCCGCCUGGCCCUUGGGGAUGACAGCCCAGCUCUGCAAGAGAAGCGGGUAGGAGGUGUGCAGUGCUUGGGGGGAACAGGUGCACUUCGAAUCGGAGCUGAGUUCCUAGCGCGCUGGUACAAUGGAACAAACAACAAGGACACGCCCGUCUAUGUAUCCUCACCAACCUGGGAGAAUCAUAAUGGUGUCUUUAUUGCCGCUGGAUUUAAAGACAUUCGGUCCUAUCACUAUUGGGAUGCAGAGAAGAGAGGACUAGACCUCCAGGGUUUCCUGAAUGAUUUGGAGAAAGCACCCGAGUUCUCCAUCUUUGUCCUCCACGCCUGUGCGCACAACCCAACUGGGACUGACCCGACUCCGGAGCAGUGGAAGCAGAUCGCCUCCGUCAUGAAGCGCCGGUUUCUGUUCCCCUUCUUUGACUCGGCCUAUCAGGGCUUCGCAUCUGGCAACCUGGAGAAAGACGCCUGGGCCGUUCGCUAUUUUGUGUCUGAAGGGUUCGAGCUCUUCUGUGCCCAGUCCUUCUCCAAAAACUUCGGGCUCUACAAUGAGCGUGUGGGGAAUCUGACUGUGGUUGCCAAAGAACCAGAUAGCAUCCUGCGGGUCCUUUCCCAGAUGGAGAAGAUCGUGCGAAUCACAUGGUCCAAUCCCCCGGCUCAGGGAGCACGGAUCGUGGCACGUACCCUGUCUGAUCCUGAGCUCUUUAAUGAAUGGACAGGUAACGUGAAGACAAUGGCAGACCGCAUUCAGACCAUGAGGUCUGAGCUCAGGGCACGAUUAGAAGCCCUCAAGACCCCAGGAACCUGGAACCACAUCACAGAGCAGAUCGGAAUGUUCAGCUUCACCGGGUUGAACCCCAAGCAGGUUGAGUAUCUGAUCAAUGAAAAGCACAUCUAUCUGCUGCCAAGUGGUCGGAUCAACAUGUGUGGCUUAACCACCAAAAAUCUAGAGUACGUGGCCACCUCCAUCCAUGAAGCAGUCACCAAAAUCCAGUGAAGAAACAGCACUCAAACCAGCACCACCAAAGCGGUCCUCUGUUUCUUGUGUUCCCUGCCUGCACAGACCUGGUUGUAAACAUCACAACUAGCUUAGAGACUGCUGAGGGACAGAAAAGGCUACUCUGGUGAAGUGGCUUCUGUUUAAACUGGCCCCCCAGGAAAAGAGCAUCUCUUGAAAAGAAAUAGGGGCCUGGGAUUAGAGCCAUUUUGGAGGUCAGAGCAAAUUAAGGUUUUUAUUUAAAUAAUAAAAAGGUACUUUGAUAAUGAAACGUAAAUGUCUUGCCCCCUCGCUGGAAACAGGAGUAUUGCCCAUGUCACUCACGUGCUCCCGUGUGUUGGUUUACUUUGUAUCAAGUCGAGUCCCAAAGAUGAAGCUGUCUGAAGAGCCAAGUGUGAUUGUGGGUGUUGGCUGUGUCAUUAAAGCUCCUCAUCUCGACCCAGAGUGUCUGUCUCCCUGCUUUUUCUGCAUGGUUGUGCCCUUAGCCCUACGCUUGAGUUCUUUAGGGUGACCAAGGUUAAGAAAUAUAUUUAUAUCUCACCCACACAUUUAACUGAGAUGAAAGUUUCACAGAACAGGAUUUACCCUUACUGUGUGUAGUGGAUUCUGUUUUCUGUUCGAUCAUGUUCUAUUUCACUAAAGUAAUAAAAGUAAAAGUGCUGAUUGAA